AUGUCCGUUACCGAUACAUUAGGGCCUUUGUUCACAUUCCUCAUCAUUAUCAAUGUUGUAGGCACGGCCCUUCCACUGCUACGGCAUCGCUUUGUUUUGUAUCCUUUGGCAUUUGUACUCUUUGGUUUUGCCGGUCUUUUUCUCAUACUGGCCGUUAUUUUUCUUCUUGGUGAUGCAACGGUUUCGGUCUACAACGUGAAUGCCAAGGGGCAGGUGAAGGUGCAGGCGACCGUUCCUUUUGACCUCCCGGCUUUUUUUCAACUCAAUUUGACGAUGACCACAUGGAUGCUCUCAUCCGUUCUGGCGAUGGUGACUUGGCUCUGCUACCAGUCUCGCAAGGGCUGGCAAGUUUACAUCGUGCCAAUGCUGCAAGACCUGAACACACUCGAGACGUCAUGUUGGUCCAAUACGCUGGAUUUGCGUAACCGUGUUGCCCCAAACACAAUGUGA